GUGAUCCACCGGCUGCCCGUGCCCAACCUCAAGGACGAGCUGCACUGCUCCGGCUGGAGCGCGGGCGACUCCUGCUUUCAGGACUGCGCGAGGAGGAGGAGGAAGCUCAUCCUCCCGUCCCUGAUUUCCAGCCGCAUCUACGUGGUGGACGUGGGCACGCAGUGCCACGCGCCCACGCUCUACAAGACCAUCGAGCCAGUGGACGUCUUCUGGAAGUGUGACAAGGGCCACCUGGCAGUGCCUCAUGCCCUGCCCAACGGGGAUGUUCUCAUUGCCAACAUGGGAGAUGCAGCGGGCAAUGGAAACGGUGGCUUCGUCGUCCUGGAUGGAGAGACCUUCGACCUGAAGGGCAACUGGGAGGUCCAGGGCGGAGCCCCCCCCACRGGCCACGACUUCUGGUUGCAGCCCCGCCACAACGUCCUCGUCAGCUCUGCCGGCUUCGUCCCCCGGCGGGCGGGAUACGGCUUUAAUCCCGAGGACCUGCACAAAGGGGUCUUCGGGCGCCGCCUCAACGUGUGGAACCUGUCGUGCCAGUCCCUGGUGCAGUGCUUCGACCUGGGCGAGGACUCGGUGCCCCUCAGCGUGCGCUUCCUGCACGACGCRGAGGCGGMCGAGGGCUACGUGAGCUGCGCGCUCAGCGGUGUCAUCUACCGCUUCUUCAAGAGCGAGGCAGCUUUCCCGGCCUUCAUCCUCAUCUCCAAGGACGACCGGUUCCUGUACGUGAGCAACUGGCUGCACGGGGACGUGCGCCAGUACGACAUCUCCUGCCGGGCCAGGCCGCGCCUGGUGGGCCAGGUGUUCGUGGGAGGCAGCCUCCUCCGCGGCGGGCCCGUCACCGUGUGCAGGGACGAGGAGCUCAAGUGCCAGCCCGAGCCGCUGGUGCUCAAGUGCAAGCGCGUGCACGGCGGCCCCUACAAGCUGCAGCUCAGCCUGGACGGCAAGAGGCUCUACGUGACCAACUCCUUCUACAGCACGUGGGACAAGCAGUUCUACCCCGACGUGGUCAGGGAGGGCUCCGUCAUGCUGCAGAUCGACGUGGACACCGAGGCCGGCGGCCUGUGCGUGAACAAGAACUUCCUGGUGGACUUCGGCAAGGAGCCCUGCGGCCCUGCCCUCGCCCACGACAUCCACUUCCCCGGCGGGGACUGCACCACCACCGAGGACUCGGCCUAGGCGCCCGCCGCCCUCCCGCUCCCUGCUCCAGCGCCGCUGCGAGGGGCCCCGUUCC